AUGGCACUUGGGCAAGAGGCUGCACAACAGCUGUGGCAGGAGCUUAUCGGCGGCUACAGUCUUAACGCCAGGCUCCUUGCAUUGCUCGAGCACCCCUUGGAUAUCCUUGGCCACGAGGCAGCUAAGGCGAUGAGCCAAGAGCUCUCUCGGGUGUUCAUGGUGUCUCUGUUCACGCUCAAGCCUGGCGACAGUAUUCGGGUGGCAGGACUGAGGACGAUGGCGCCCGAGGCAACUAGUAUCGGCCUGGGCAGUCCGGCGAAAGAUAUACGCAUUUGUAGUGGAGAAGAGAUUGGUCCCCGCAGAAAGAGUAGAGGAGAUGUGGUUACAAAGAAGGAGAUUACAGCAUCGCCUCACAAGGAGGGUUACAGAUGGAGAAAAUACGGGCAAAAGAACAUUCGGAACAGAAAAUUUCCAAGGCUGUACUACAGCUGCAGAUAUAGCCACGAGCGCGGCUGCAGGGCGAAGAAGCAAGUGCAGCGGCAGGAUAGCAGCAGCGACGCCCACCGUCCAAUGUUUCACGUCACCUUCGUCAACCAGCACACGUGCCACCAAGUGCGUCCCAGCCGAAGCAUCAGCGAUAAUGCUACUGAUUCACCCACGAUGAACACUACUGCGACAAGGAACGGCGCCCAUUUUGAUCAUGCAGCUGCAGUCCACGUCGGCGGCAACGCUCAACUAGAAAACCAGAUCAUGACCGGCACUUUCGCCAGGGUCAUCGGCGGAGCUACGUCCCGGCCGCAGCCUGUGGAGGUGAGCCAGCUGAGUGAUCCGGCGUCGUAUGUGCCGCCGGGCCUGCUGGAGGUGAGCAUGAGCCUGGAGCACCGGACGACCGUGGCGGAGAUGCGCGGCCGCGGCUCGCCAUUUCCGCCCGUCGAGGCGCCUACAGCUCCAUAUUCGUCGUCGUCCUUGCCGCAUACCACUAGUAGAAAAACGCUCAUCUCGAAACAAAGGGACGUGCACAACCUCCUUGAUGCCCACUACUCGAACGUGCCAUCCCACGUCCAGGCAACAAGGAGAUCUGGUCAAGCACAAGACCAAUUCCUAGCUUAUCUGUUCCUAAGAGAUAGCUGA